CCACGCUUGAUCAUGGGAACAAACCCCCGAGCCUGUUUUCAUGUGACGGCUUGCUGCUCGUCCUCUCUUCCGCCUGCUCUCGACAGCCGAGCCCUGCCGUUUGUCGUAUUUCAGCUGCCGAUAGCCCCCCGCCCCAAGGUCGAUCGCCUCGCCAGCUCAUAUCGCUGCUCUUUCGCUCGCCCCUUCCGACCUCUGCCGGGCUUGCCGCUUGCCCCCAUCUCGGAUAUCGUGCUACGCGACUCAGAAGCUGCUCCUCCGCAACUGCCCUCCGAUUCUUCAGCCAACGUUUCUUCAGCCAACGCUUCUUUGUGGGGCAGAGAUGGAUAUCCGAUACGUCUUUGAGGUGCCCAAGGCCCCGGCUUACGAGACCCUUGCGCUGUCCUUCCCGGAGUGGGGUGUCGUCCGGGUCGACUUGAACCGCCCCAAGAAACUCAACACCAUGAACGACAAGUUCUGGACCGAGAUGCGCCAAUGCUUCGAGUGGAUCAGCGAUCAGUACGAUCUGCUCUGUUGUGUGAUCACUGGAGGCGAGUCCAAGGCGUUCACGGCCGGCAUCGAUCUCGAGAUGCUCAAGGACUUUACCCAGGGCAAGGAUCCCUCCCGCAAUGCCCUGCGGAUGUAUCCCAUCGUCAAGAAGCUCCAGGCGGCCUUCACAGCGAUCGAGAGCUGCAGGAUCCCCGUCAUAGCGGCGGUCCAUGGUGCUUGCAUCGGCGGCGGCAUCGAUCUCAUCACAGCUUGCGAUAUCCGUCUGAGCACCCGCGACGCAGUCUUUACCAUCAAGGAGGUGGAUGUUGGACUCGCUGCCGAUGUCGGGACGCUCCAGCGCAUGCCCAAGGUCGUCGGGAACAUGGGCUGGGUCCGGGAGCUGGCUUAUACCGGUCGGGUGUUUGACGGCGCCGAGGCCGUUCGACACGGCUUGGUCAAUCAAGUCUACGACAGCAAGGCAGCCCUGAUCGAGGGUGCGCUGGCCCUGGCGAGCAAGAUAUCGAAAAAGUCGCCAAUUGCCGUGGCGGGUACAAAACACAUCCUCAACCACGCCCAGAACCACAGCAUCGCCGAGGGACUGGAUUACGUGGCGGUUUGGAACUCGGGCAUGAUCCAGACCUCCGACAUUGCGGUCGCGACCAAGGCCAUCACCAGCAAGAAUCCAAGCCCUGUGUUCAGCAAGCUCUGAGCGGGCAACGUGGCAGUGGAGGCCGGAGGAGGUGUGGUACACACCGCAAUGGUUACGACAUUCACGAGCGCAUGAGUGGUGCCGGAAUGAGUGCCAUGUGGACCACCAGGUGGGCCGCCAUGUGGGGCCGAGCAUGCGUGGUGGGGAGGGGCGACAUGCACCUGGCGUGGGAACCGCAAGAGCAAGACAGGCAGACGAGAGGAUGCUGUGGCCCGGUAGACCGGCAUCGGCCGCUGUCCUCAGGCCGGAUGGCGAUGGGUGCGUGUCGGGCAGCCGAGCUUGCCGAAUACAGUUUCUAGAGCAGGCCCAUGUGUGAGUGCGGCUGUAUGUGCAUGAUUGAUUCUCGCGGAUGUGAAAGCUGGCAGGCCCGGUUGCCGAUCCGACAAAACCGGGCCAGGAACG